AUGGCAUUGCAGUGGAUGAUACUCACCUAUGUGGUGGCUAUUGAAGCUGCUAUAGCGAUUCUUCUAACCCUUCCAUCACCAAAGCCCUUGAAGAACCGUUUGACUUCCCUGAUUUCACUCAUUCUUCAACCUGCGCUUUUCAUUGUUCCCUUUGCUGGGUUUCAGCUCCUUGAUAUAUACUGGAAGAAUGAGCAUAGGUUGUCGUGUACCUCCGAUGUUUGUACAGCUGCUGAGAGAGAUCGAUAUGAGAAAACUACAUACAAAGCUCAGAGAAACGUGAUACUGUGUAUUUCAGCAUGCCUUCUCUACUGGUCUAUUUUCCGGAUUUGCAAGUUUCAGAAAGAUAUCCAAAGUAUGGAGGAAGUUGAGAAGAGAAUCAAGUCUAAGUAG